AUGGCUACUGCGGCAUCGUUAGACUCUGCUCUUGAGAAGAUCGGCGUUCACCUUGAGUGCAGCAUCUGCACAGGUAAAUACAAGCAGCCGAAAGUACUGAACUGCCUUCACAGCUUCUGUGAGGAGUGUCUUGUAAAGUACCGUGAUGGCACAUACGGAGGAGCUCCACAAAUCCCUUGCCCUAUGUGUCGUCAGGAGACGGUACUUCCACAGACUGGCAUCCAGGGCCUCAAGACCAACUUCCAUUUGGUUGGUAUGAUUGCAGAAUUUGAAUUACAGGAGAAGGUAGCAUGCUCAGGAGACUCGAAGCUUCUCUGUGAGACAUGCGAUGAGGAUAACGAGCCUUUGCAUCACUGUUUCGACUGUGGAAAGAAUAUCUGUACCCCCUGCCGCAAGACACACUUACGGUUUCCAGUGUCGGCAAAGCAUGCAGUAGCAACUUUGGAUGACAUUCGUCAGGGGAAGGUGAAGGUGACUAAACAACCGGAUCAGUACAAAUGCAACAAUCACAAAGAGAGCGUGAAAUUCUAUUGCAAGACAUGUGAUGAGCUGAUCUGCCAAGUCUGCACAGUUGUGGGUCAUCCCACUGCUAAACAUGACAUCACUGACACCGGCACGGCUUCAAAAGACUACAGACAGUCACUGAGGAAUGCUUUCUCUGCUUUGGGUAAAGACAUACAAGGCCUUGAGUUGUGUCUGCAGGACACUAUUGAAGCUAAGAUGACAGUCAAGGACAACAUGGCGAAGGCUAGAAAGGGGGUGCAGGACAAAGCUGCUGAGGUCAUAGCGAAGGUCAAAGCUGAAGAGAAACGACUUCUUGAUGAAAUCACUACCCACGAACUGGAACAAAGUAAGGGACUGGAUGAGCACGAGAAGACACUGAGUGACAUGCUGCAUAGAAAGAGGCAUUCCCAUAGCACCGGUAAGGACGUAACGAGUAAUGCAUCAGACUGCAACCUUAUUUCACUCUAUCCCGUGAUCAGUAAAGAUUUGACAAAGCUGAGCAGUCAGCAUCUGGCACAGUAUCCCCACAAACUUUGGUAUCUGAGGUUCAAGAGGAGUCAGACAGCUGGUGUAAUCGAUCUGGGCAAGGUGGAGCAAGAAGGGGACAAGUGGGAACUGCAGCAUAAAUUGGGCAAGCAGGGGAGUGGUGAAGGGGAGUUUGAAUUAGCCAGAGGCAUUGCUGUUGCUGCUGACCCUGACGAGAUUGCUGUGGCUGACUGCAAGAACAAACGAGUUGUAAUCUGCAACCACCAGGGACAAACCAAGAACACCAUUCAAGUCGUUGCAAAUGACGUCGUUGUUGUAUCGAAUCAGUGGGUGUGUGCUCAUUCCGACAAGAUGAUGGUUUACCAUAGAGACACUACGCACAAGUGUGACUUCCACGUCGUGCCGGAGGUUGGCAACGCAGACAAUAGCCUGUUAAGCGUAGCAAUCAUGCCAAAUGGUAACAUCAUAGCGGGUCUGAAGAAAAAGGUAUUGAUUGAGCUCGAUCCCAGGGAUGGUGAUAUUCUACAUACCAUGCCAGUAAAGAUACGACCUGGCUUCUUGGUUGUACUGAGCAAUGGUUGGAUUGUGAUCAGUGAUUGGAAGCAGGGACUAGUGGAGAUAGUGGAGGUUUCUAAUGGCAACGCUGUGACUGUAAACACAAUCCGGCCAACCAUCGACGGAAAACCGGUGAAAUACUGCAAGGGUGUUUGCAGCAAAAGCUCGGGUAUCUACAUUGCAGCGGACACAGGGUACAUCAAGACCGGUCACAUACACCACUAUAACUGUACAGGUCAGUUUGUCAGCUGCGUGGCCCAGGGUCUGUAUGACCCCUAUGGAAUCACAUUCACAGCUGACGGGCAGCAGCUGGCAGUGGCUGACCGGUACUCAGUUAAGAUAUAUCACAAAGUGUGAUGCCGACGAUGUCAUCCAGCAUUAAACCGCCCUUCCAAUGCCCGCCUUUGGGUCUGUUUAUGCACGCUUGUAUAAGGCCUGAUGACGACCUUUUCAUUAAAUA